AUGGAAAACGACAACCAAACAUCGGUGACAGAAUUCAUUUUAACAGGACUCUUUUGGGACCAAAGAAAUCAAAUCCUGUUUUUUGUAUUGUUUUUAUCUGUGUAUCUGUUGACUGUUUUGGGGAAUAUUAUUCUAAUAUGUGCAGUUAUAUCCAGCUCUCGUAUGCACACACCCAUGUACUAUUUUCUAUGUAAUUUAUCCUGUCUGGAUUUAUUCUACUCAUCUACCAUUGUCCCUAAAAUGUUACAGGGCAUGUUAUCCACGGAAGGGGGGAGAAUUUCAAUAAUCGGGUGCAUGAUACAGAUGGGUAUAAGCCUCUAUCUUGGAGAAACAGAAUGUAUCCUGCUGGCGGUGAUGGCGUAUGACCGCUACAUAGCGAUAUGCUCCCCCUUGCAUUAUAGGGUUAUAAUGAAUUGGAACCUUUGUAAAAAUGUCACAGUUCUCAUGGGGUUGGGGAGUUUUCUACUUUCUACUCUUCCUAUAAUUGUGAAUCCUAUUAUUUUCUGCCAUAAAAAAAUAAUAAAUCAUUUUGUUUGUGAGAUCCUAGCGGUUCUAAAAGUGGCAUGCGGUGACCUUUCCAUUUAUGUAAGGAUGAUCUCUUCCAUAAGUGUUUUUACUUUAUUAGUACCUUUUGGAUUCAUUUUAGUGUCGUACAUUUGCAUAAUAACAACAAUAUUAAAGAUCCACUCUGUGGAAGGGAGGACUAAAGCCUUUUCCACUUGCGCUUCCCACCUGACUGUGGUAUUAAUGUUUUAUGGGACCAGCAUCUCCAUGUACAUGGGGCAAUCUCAAGGCAAUUCACAAAAUCUAAAGUACAUCACUGUUGUUUAUGGGACUGUGACCCCCAUGUUAAACCCUCUAAUUUACAGUUUGAGAAAUAGUGAUGUUAAAGAAAGGGUCCGGAAAUUAAUCACAAAAAUCUUUGAUAGACAAAAAAAACGUAAUUUCUUCUAA